AUGGAAUUAAAUGACAAACGAAACGGAGAGAAGCACCAACUUAGUACUGGGACCCUGGAGGAGGAUGGCAACGAACUGGUAGGCGAAAAGGGAAAUACAAAUAAAAGAAUUUAUAUGACGUACCAUGAAGAGGGGGAGAAUUACAAAGAUGAGGAAAAAGAAGAUGGAGGAGGAGUUCCUCACAAACGGAACAGAAGACCGAGCAUAACUUCUCCUAGUAUUGACGACCAUGUAGUGGACAAGGGAGAGGAAUACCAUCUAGCGAAAAAAAAGAAAAAGGCAAAAGUUGUUAAUGAAUUAUCAUCACCUGCGUUAUCCCCCAAUGGUGGGGAGAACAACCCUGUCAGUGAUGGUGAUGACCGAGACAGCUACUAUGGGGAUAGGUACCAAGGGGAAGGAAAUAAAUGGAAAAAUAACAGAGGAGGGGAUCAUCACCACGCGAGUGAGAAAAAGGCAUAUAAUAUUCGUAAGAUGGCUCAGUACGCCUCCCAUAUAGAUACAUCCCCUGGGGAAAAACGAAACCUUUGCAGUGAUAGCAUUCCGAGCAGCGAGGAGGAGGAUGUCACCCACGAGGAGAAGCAGCUUUUCUCAUUCGAGUGUGGAAACAUCGGAAAGGAGUUUUAUCGCCAAAGGGAAAAGAAGCUUUCAGGGUGGGAAGUAUGCCAAGGAGGGGAGGGGGAGCUGUCAGCGGGAGGCUAGAUGGACGAUGAGGAGGCUGACAUAUAUGACCAAGGUAGGUACAACUAUCCAUACGAGGAAGCGUAUCAUGCAAGGGGAAGGAAGAACCCCAUUAAGCGACUGAACAAAUGUAAAGGAGAUACUGAUGAGGAAGAACAGAAGGAGGCAUUCAAGCUGCGCUCUGAUCAGCGUCUCCACCAUCGGUUUGAAAGAGACUGCCAUGGAAACAGACAUGAUGAGAAGAACCCACGUAGAAAUCGAAGCUGCGACAAAAAUGGUGACAUUGGCAGUGACAUUUCCGUGAACGAGUUAAACAUUGGAAGGAUGAAAAGAAAAAAAAUUGCUGAGUAUACUCAAAUUGAUGGUAAUGUGGAGAUCGAGUUAUUGUCCGAUGCUGAUUUUACCAACUGGUGCGUGACGCACUUGUGGAAUGUGAGAGUGGCCGUGAGGGGAAGUUCCCGGGGGGAUUUAGACGGGGUGACGACAGGAGCAAAUGCACAGGGGGGCAUCAGAUGGAAGGCAGUGAAAGGAUCCGUGGUGGCAGCCGUGGUAGAAGCAGAGGCAGCAGCCGAGGUAGAAGCCGAAGUAGCAGCCGUGGUAGAAACCGCGGUCGAAGCCGAAGUGGCAGCCGUGGUAGAAACCGCGGUCGAAGUGGCAGCCGUGGAAGCAAAAGGUUUGGCGCAUCGAGAGACGCCACUCACAACGCACAUGGUGACAGCCACAUCCAGGAAAUGAAUGAACAGUUCAUAUGAAAUAAAUGAACCUAUCGACAUGCUAAAUUUGAAGGCAGUUAAUGAGAUGACAAGUACAAAGAGUUUUUUAAAUUUUCUGGAGAAGAGAAAAGAAGCCCAAAAGAAAUGGAAGAUGGUCGCCCGAAAUCUGGUACAUGAGGAGUUCAAAAUUUUGAGCGACUCGAUAAGUCGCGAUGUGAUUGACGCGAAAAUAAAUCUCCUCACGAAUUCGCUGAGAUCUCUGUAG